CCUCCGCGGCCGCGCAAGCGCUGCGCCGAGCCCCCGCAGCCUCCUCCUCCUCUUCCUCACCCUCCUCCUCCUCCUCCUCCUCCGCAGCCUCGGCGGCGCCGGCAGCGCUCAGCACCGCGGACAGCGCCCCGCCGCCAGCCUCCGCCGCUGCCUCCCGCGGGCCAUGGAGGCCGCGCCGGGCUCGGCCUCGCCGCGCCGCGGGGAGCAGCGGCCCCAGGGGACCAGAGCAAAACGCAAUGCAGGACCUUGCCAGACCUGCCUCGCCAUGCCAGAGAUUGCCAACACCGAGCCCAGCUACAGCGGCACCUCUUGGGAGAGAAUCUGCCCGGUCCAUCACUGCCCCGUUCCUGCAUCCCCCAGGCUGGGGGGCGACCACCUGCCCUCCUCCAGCCGCACGCUGGGGCCAGUGCCCACCCAGUCCAACGGGCAGGUACCGUCGAGCUCCCAGGACUUGCAGCAGCAUCACCUGUAUUACCCCUGCAACCAGCAGGAGCCCCGAGGCAGCUACGGCCUGCCCCAGCUCCCCGGGCACGGCGAGAGGUCCGUGCUGUGUUCCCACCUUUCCAGCAGUGACCCCACGCCAGCUCCCCACCACCAGGUCUCAGAAACCCCCUGGAAACAGUGGUCCCCCGGGCAGCGACCCUCUCGGCCGGUGCAGCAUCACGUUGUGACAGUCAGACAUGACAAAGCUUUCAGGAUGCCAAAAAGUUACUCUCAGAUGAUCGCGGAGUGGCCUAUAGCCGUCCUGGUGCUGUGUUCAGUGACGGUUGUGGUUUGCACUUUAGCUGGCCUGCUUGUUGGAAAUUUGCCUGAUUUUUCUGAACCCCUAAUGGGUUUCGAGCCACGGGACACAGAUAUUGGCAAAAAGCUCGUUGUGUGGAGGAAUGUAGAGAGCCAUACGGGCUACAAGAAGACCUUCUCCCUUUCACCGUAUGCCGAGAAGAAAAGCUAUGAUGACAUUGGCAUUAGCAGAGGACAAAAGGCCGAUCAGGGAGGACAAGAAGCCAGGACACGGAGAAUGGUGGAACAAAUCUACGGAGCGGAUGGUUUCUUUUGCGGUCCCCCAGAAAAGAGCUAUUCCCAGCUGGUAUUUAUGUCCACAACUGCUGGGAGCUUAUGGAACUUGCAAGCUAUUCAGUCCAUGUGUCAAAUUGAACAAGACAAGAUACGUUCACAUGUUCAUUUUAGAGACCUCUGCCAACGUACCGAAGCCAAUGAAUGCUGCCCAAGCUGGUCUCUGGGAAACUACAUUGCUGUCCUGUACAACAGGUCCUCUUGUUUGGAGAUAACCCAAGGAGACAUCUCCCACACCCUGGCCCUCCUCCGUGCCUGUGCUCCAGAUUACCACAAAGGUAUCCUCACUCCAUCUUGCAUAGGUCCUGAGACUGUGAGACAGAAACACUCUCAGUGUGCCAAAGUCCCAGAGAAAUGUACCCGCUUCAAUGCUAUUUACCAGCUUCUUCACUUCUUGGUCGACAGAGACUUUCUUAGUCCCCAGACAAUGGAGUACCAAGUGCCAUCCCUCAAAUACAGCCUGCUGUUUUUGCCUACAAGGAAAGGUGCAUCUAUGAUGGGGAUCUACUUAGACAAUCUUGAAUCCUGGGAUCUGUUUGAUAACUAUACAUCUAUCACUGGAAUGGACCUGGGCCUUAAACAGAAGCUAUUCCAGCACUAUCUUUUACUGGAUACCAAGUAUCCAGUUCUGGCAAUAUUAGCUAUUUUUCUAAGCAUUUCUUUUUAUUUACGCUCAGUCUUUAUUACUUUGAUGGUCCUGCUCGCUGUUGUCAGUUCUUUGAUGAUCUCCUACUUCUUGUACAAGGUGGCCUUCAGAUUCACCUACUUCCCUUUUGUAAACCUGACAGCAGUCAUCAUUCUCAGCAGCGUUUGUGCCAACCACACCUUUGUCUUCUUCGACCUCUGGAACCUCAGCAAGAGCCAGAACCCUUCCGCUGGGCUUUCUCAGUGGGUGAGUCAAACCAUGCACCACUUUGCGUAUCUCAUGCUGGCGUCUUGCUUCACGACGGGUGCUGCCUUCUACGCCAGCUACAUCAGCAAUAUAACAGCCAUCCGCUGCUUUGCUGUCUACAUGGGCACCUCUGUACUGGUGAACCUGGUAUUCAUGAUGACUUGGCUGCCUUCUUCGGCUGUGCUGUAUGAGCGCUACAUAGCAACAACCUGCAUUUACAAGCCAGAAGACUACUGGAAAAACACUGGCCAUAAGAGAGUCGCCCUCUCCCUCCAUUACAUUCUCAGGGGUCUCCAGAAGACGCUGUGUGAAACCUCCAAGCUGCUAUUUGAAAAGCUUCUGCCUUGCGGGGUAAUAAAGUUUCGGUACAUUUGGAUUUGCUGGUUUGCUGCCUUAGCAAUAGGAGGUGCCUACAUUUCCUGUUCCAACCCGAAACUCAAACUCCCAACUCUCGAGACAUCAUCCGUUCAGGUGUUUAGGCUGAGCCACCCCUUUGAGAGGUAUGAUUCUGAGUACUGCCACCAGUUCAUGUUUGAGAGGCUAGAGCAUGGAGAAGGGCAGCAUAUGCCUGUCACAAUAGUCUGGGGCAUUCUGCCCGUGGAUAAUGGGGACCAUUUCAACCCCAAAAGCAAUGGCACCCUAGUGACUGAUGCCACCUUCACAAUCCAAAGCCCUGAUGCCCAGAAGUGGCUCCUUGAAUUCUGCCAAAAGGUGAAGAACCAAACUUUCUAUUUCCCUGAUGCAGAGCAGAAGUCUACCGUGUGCUUCAUGGAGGAGUUUAUCAGGUGGAUGGACAGUCGGCAGUGCUCCCAGCGAGACCACAGCUUCAACCUUUGCUGUAACCAGUUCUCUUUCCCUUACAGAAGCGAAGUCUUCCUGCACUGUAUCAAAAUGAUGCUCCUGGAACAAGGCAGGGAAGGGGCAGAAACAUAUGAUCUGGGCCUCAGAUUUGAUGGAGAGGGAAAUCUUGCUGCCUUGGUACUGCAGUUUCAAACAAUUUAUCACUAUAGCUUCAAUUACAGCAAAGCCAAACACUUCUAUGAGGAAAUCAACCUCUGGGUAACAGAGGAAAUGAAAACUGCCCCUGUGGGGCUUCAGAAUGGGUGGUUUACCAGUAAACUAGAGCUAUACAACCUCCAGCACAGUCUGAGCACAGAAACGAUGGUGGUCAUGGGGCUCUCCAUAGCCAUUUCCUUUGUGGUGCUGCUGCUCACUACUUGGAACGUGCUCCUCAGCAUUUUCUCUGUUACUGCCAUUGCGGGUACUGUGCUGGUAACCGUUGGCCUUCUGGUCCUCUUGGAGUGGCAGCUCAACGCAGUGGAGUCUCUCUUCAUUUCAGCUGCAGUAGGUCUCUCUGUUGACUUCACCGUCAACUACUGCAUCUCCUAUCACCUGUGCCCCCAUUCGGACCGCAUCAGCCGAGUGGCUUUUUCCCUGAAGCAGAUGAGCUGUGCCACAGCGAUGGCAGCUUCUGCCCUCUUCUCUGCAGGGGUCAUUAUGCUGCCUGCUACGGUCCUGGCGUAUCGGAAGUUAGGGAUAUUCAUAAUGAUGAUCAAGUGUAUCAGCUGUGGGUUUGCCAGCUUCUUCUUCCAGUCACUGUGCUGCUUCUUUGGCCCAGAGAAGAACUGCGGGCAGAUCCUUUGGCCUUGUGCCCACAACAUGAAAGACUAUUCUGAUGACUCUGGGCCAAAUGGAAGCUAUGCCUGUGGGGGAAAUGAGAAGCAAAACCGAUUGCGGAAGGUCCAGGAGUCCAACACUGCAAACGAACAGUACGAGCUCCAGCCUUUGUCGAGAAAACUCAGCGACAGUUUUGACAACAGCACUUCUACAAGCAAGCUGUCCAACAGGCCAUCAGUGCUCUCUGAAGACACGCAGGUUGAAGAUAACAGAUGCCCAAGAAUAGGCAUGCACCCUUCCCUUGAAAGAGAGAGACAGAAUCUGCAGGAGACCCUCGGAGACCAGCAGGUUGGCCUGUGCCAGUGUCCUGCCUUGCAAACUUCCUCUCCUUACAAGCACAGCAGCUCAGGAGCAGAAAUUCACAGGAAGAGACUCUGCAGAGAUUGUCAGUGUCAAAAGUACGGUCCAAAAGGUUGGGAUGGGUCUGGGCUGGACUAUAUCCAGCCAGGUGGCGUGAAAGAAGAAGGGCAGCUCAAUAAAUCACAGUGCUCUAGUGACACUGCCCAGCAGCAGUUGGAUUAUACCUCAGACAACAGCCAUCUUCCUGCUGCUGACAUCUACAAAAUUCACAGAUGCCUUUGUUCUCUUGGCAGCUCUUUUGACAUGCUCAACAUCUCCAGUGAGACAUCGAUUAGCGAUUUUGAGCAAGGCCUAAAGCUUGCUGAAUCAGCCAGUUCUUGUCCUGAUGUCUUAGAGCUGUCUGAUUCGUACAGUCAAACAGAAAGAGGUUACUUGAACGGGAAGAGAGAUACCCUGCGGCUGGACCUGAGGGAGACAGUCUUUGAUAUCUCUCCAGCAGCAUCACAGCAAAACAGCUCUUCAUGGAAAAAUCGAUUUGGAUUAGGGAGUGAAGGCCCAGUGGUGUUACCGAACAGCCAACCAGACAUGCCUGAUGUUUGGAUCAAGCGAUCCAGUGCACAAAGUUCUGGUCACAACAGCUGAAAUCUUGCAGAAAACAAAACUGUACUGCUAGGAAAGGGAAAGUCGAAAUAUCCUUGGAACUGUAAAUAUCACUUUUUUCCUCCCACCUCUCCUUUGGCUGAGACUAUUUCUUAGUAUUUCAGCUGUGCAAAUACCUGUGUUUUCACAGAACCAGCAAACACGAUACUACUGAGAGGCUGCAAGAUCAAUCAUGACAGAGUACAAGACCAUUGACCUUCCAGUGUCCUGUGCCAUGUUCACAGCUGUACUGCAGAACUUAUCGAGUAAACCUGUUUUGUCAUUUCCUAAACAGUGAUUCAAUUUUUCUUGUCAAGCUGCCUAGGAGAGACAUAAUGAGAGAGAUGAAACUCCCCAGAUACUCAAAGACAGAGAGCUCAUGUUAAAAAAAAAAAAAAGUAAAAAGAAAAAAGAAAGAGCCAAAACCCAAAUCUGCAGCUAUAGAAAAUCUAGAUU